UGUUUUUUUUAUCACUAUUUUUAUUUUGAAGUCAGAGUGAGUGCAUAAAAUAAAAUAGAAAUCUAGAAAAUAGAAUGUUUUACGAUCGGUGUUUAUAUCAUUUCGCCAAAAACACAUCAAUCAAUUUAUUAGAGCACUUACAAGUGCAUCGUAUCAGUGUAUGGCGAAAAUAUUCUCAAUCUAAUUCAAAUCGACGUCGCGUUGUUGUUACUGGUGUUGGAUUGAUUUCACCGAUUGGUUGUAGCGUCCAAGUAGCCUGGCAAAACCUAUUGAAUGGAUAUUGUGGAGUAAAAACACUGAAAGAUCCAAAAUAUGAUGCACUACCAUGUAAAAUAGCCGCAACUAUAGACGAAAAUGAAAUAAAACUUCAUGACCACUUCUCUAAGAGUGAACUACGGUCCAUAGCCCCAGCGACAUCAUAUGCAUUGCUGGCAGCAAAGGAAGCAUUACAGAUGGCCAAAUGGCAGCCAAAUAAUGAUGAAUCGAAAGAUCGAACUGGCGUUGCAGUGGGAAUGGGAAUGGUCGAUUUGGCCAGUAUUUGCGAAACAUAUGAAGCAUUACAGACCAAUGGAUACAAUCGUGUUAGUCCACAUUUUGUUCCGAAAAUUCUGACGAACAUGGCUGCUGGACAAAUUAGCAUAAAAUAUGGUUUUCGUGGACCAAAUCAUUGUGUUUCGACUGCAUGUGCGACAGGCGCUCAUGCAAUUGGUGAUUCAUUGCGAUUUAUUCGUAAUUCAGAUGCAGAUGUUAUGGUCUGUGGAGGAGCUGAAGCGUGUGUAACACCAUUAUCGAUAGCUGGUUUCUGCCGUUUAAGAGCCUUGGCUACAAACUACAAUGAUCGCCCAUUGAACGCAUCUAGACCAUUUGACCGUGAUCGGAGUGGCUUUGUAAUGGGCGAAGGAGCCGGAAUUUUAGUAUUGGAAGAAUUGGAGCAUGCCAAGGGUAGAAAUGCUACGAUACUGGCUGAAAUCCUUGGAUAUGGUCUGUCUGGCGAUGCAUCACAUAUUACGUCACCGAGUCCAGAAGGAAAAGGUGCAUUUUUAGCAAUGAAGAAUGCAUUGAACGAUGCACACAUUUCUGCAAACGAUGUUAGUUUUUUGAAUGCACAUGCAACUAGCACACCAAUUGGUGAUACCAUUGAAGCAAAUGCUAUUCGGCAACUAUUUGGUGAACAAACCGAAAAGCUUCAUGUUUCAUCAACCAAAGGACAUCAUGGUCAUUUGCUUGGUGCUGCUGGAAAUCUUGAAGCCAUUUUCACUAUACUUGCGUGCAAUCAAGCGAAAAUUCCACCAACUCUAAACUUGGAAAAUGUCCCAGAAAACAUCAAAUUCAUUAAUUUUGUUCGUAGUCAGCCAAUAAAUUGGAAAUGCGAUGAAAAUACAAAACGAAUAGCAAUUAAAAAUUCAUUCGGUUUUGGCGGAACGAAUGCAUCUAUUUGCAUUUCGGAAUAUAAAUCUUAAUAAACAAAAAUAGCACUCACUCAAUUUGUUAAUGUUUUAGAAUAAAAUAUUUGCAAUGAAUUAA